GUCCUUCAGGCUAUUCAUUUAUGGUCAACCGAAAUGGUUACGUCAUGUAUCAUCCCGACAUUAAGUUACAGUUGGGCUCUCUAGAAGAGCCUCUAGACAUAGAUUUUCUGGACAUUGAGAUCGAAAACCCUUUAAAAGAGAAGAUACGAAGAAGAAUGAUCGACGGCCAUUCUGGGCACGAGACCGUGGUCAGUCUGAUGAGGAUGCCAGACGAGAAGCAUCUUGUGCCGCAUAACAUGGUCUACUACUACAGGCACAUGAACGACUCGGAAUUCGGCGUUGCUCUGGCGCUCCCAGAGAAGAGGAAGUUGUACGUGCGUGUGGAAGGGAUGCGCGUUGAUGACGGUUUCAAGCCAGAGACAGAGAAAGGGGAUGGUGUCCUUUUGGCUCCGUGGCGCUACUGCAAGAACAUUCCGCGCCCCAAGGGACUCACGGGCAACAUCAGCCAAGUCCUGGAAGCGUACCGGGCAGACCAUCGUCAGUGUGAUCCUCUACUCAUGCAGCGACUACUCUGGGACAUCGAGAACACGCGAGCUGUAGUCAGUAAUUGGACGAGCGAUGCUUUCGCUGAGGAAAGAGAUGGAAUAUUGGGGACUUUCGUUGGAACAGAAGGAGGACUCAUACGCUACCACCCUGAUGCGAUUGCGGAAUACCUGGAGCCAGAGGCAAAUCCUCAAAAAGCGUCGUACUUUAGGAGAGCGCUCUACGCUGAAGACUUCGUCUUCCUCAUUAGUGACGUUAAACGAACAUAUGGACCCAACGCAACUCGAGAAAGCGUCAUUAUGGCAGCCAAAGCAGUCGACAUCUACAUUAAAAAGUCAGAGCUAACACCAGCAGUCGUCGGUCUCAUCGUGGAAGAGCGCGUUAUCCACGCCUCCCUCAUGACAAUGUCUGCCAACGGAAGUUCAGGCGAGCACCUCCGUUGUGCUGACGAGGACUUUGUCGUCUGCUACCUUCUGGAUGAAGGAGGUUUCAUUCUCACCUCCAGCACGGACGACCACUCUGAAAAUGUCGGGAAGUUCAUGGGAGCUGUCGAUCCUGAACUGAUGGAUGACAUGCUGAAGAAAUCGGUCUACUUCAAGGUGGAAGAGCUGCAUACUGAAUCUCGGUGUCCCAGAAUGCGCCGAUACACAGCAGGUGCCCGAUCAUCGAUUCUGCCACUUGAAAGCCUUGUCAGAGCAUUCGACAUCAGCUGGAUCUUCGAAGCAUCGUCCUGGCAACUGAUCAAGAUGUGGCUGUACGCUUGGCUGCCCAGUUUGGGCGGCGGCGGUGGUUGGGGCGCAGCGUCGGCGUCGCCGGAUCACGCCCGCUACAUUCCGGACGAUUACCGCGUCUGCACCACCCGCGAGGCCCUGUACCACUUUGGAAACCGGAGCAGCUACUUCAUGAGCAGCCUGGACUGCGGGAACUGCUCCAGGCAGUACGGCGUGGGACGCGUGGGCUACACCAACGUGGUCCUGGUGAUAUCGACCGUGCCCUGCGCGCCCGUCUUCUGCGACCCGCCGCCGACGCCGCUACAGGCGCCAGUCGAAGUUGAAGACCCCGCACCAUGUGACCAUCCACUGAGGUACAGACGUAGGCCCGACAAAUGCUACGCUGACCAUGACAAAGAGGAUUACCACGUGUGCGGUGGAAGCGCCCGGCUUACAGCGUGCUCGACACUGCAACUUCUAACGUCGGCACUGGUGCUGGUGGCCCUGGCCAUUGUGACUAGACCGUAAGACUGUGGAUUUCACGGCCCAUGCCACAAUGUGGGCACGGCGCCGCGCCUUUAGCCCUUCAACGGCCAAUCAUUCCUUCGGAGAAGCGCCGCCUGGCAGUCGGCAACAAAGGACCAUCGACGGCCAUCGGCUUUCCUCUCGGCUUUUCGACGAGAAAGCAUUCCACGCAAGAGAAGAGAACGGAAAGCAAUACGUCGUGCAGGCGUUGCUUUGGUGCAGUGGUGUUGUGUCCGACUUGCCGCAAGCGAUCGGCGGAAGUCAGUGCAGUGAAGAGUGGCUCGACUGACCAAGAACGAGAAAGAGACAGGCCUUCUCUCCCUCCCCGCCCUCCCCGUCCCCUCUCCCGAGGUGCACCGUGGUGACUGACGCUACCUGCGCGCGGCAUUGCACGUGUGUUUAAAAGCCCUGACCCUACUGCCUGAGUUAGGCGACCAUGUCAUCCACCUUGCCUUGUCGGAGCGGUAAAUAAUCAACAGGGGCACCGGUUACAGAUGACCUCAAGUUAACCUUAAGGCUGCAAACACAUCUGCAUGUGCGCUUUUCUGAAGGAUGCUUGCUGAUCUGGUUAAGACGACAAAGAUGACCAAAAUUAGUGUUCGCGAAGAAGUAAAAGGAAAGCCACAAAAUGUGAGAAGCGCCUGGUGGCAUACUCUUGCAAAAAAGAAUGAUUCCAGAAAUUGCACAUACAGCAAUCUGAAGCCUUUGCCUGGCUACUUAAAAGAAUUCUAUUCAAUUGACCUACGCACGACGUGAAACGAUAGCAAAAAGGACACGGCACUGAGGGUGACAUGGGCACCGCAACGGUGAAGAGAGCCUCCAAUGGAAGGCGCAUACCUUUGACAUAAACCGUCGUCCAGUGAGACCCACUAAGAAGAUGAAGCGAAGAGAGCGCAGCUGACAAGCUGCCCGUUAUGUCCGUCACGUCGCGCCGUCUGGUGGUGGCCGUCGGCGUGUUGUGUGUGUGUUUGCGUGUGUGUGUCUGUGAGGCCGUGCGCCUAUUGUGCUGGCCACCGCGUCAAGAGCUGCGCGUCCUCCCGUGGAAGCCGCGAGUGUGAUGAAAACUUGUCCAGUGAGAAAGUGGGAUGGAGCGCCCUACUCCGCCGUCGGCGACUGAAAGGAGACUCUGCAGAAUACGCAUUUUCGGGAUGAGUGUUGGGGCAUGCUCGCCGCUCUCUUGCACUCUCCGUCAAUGCUUUUUUGCGUGCGAUCGCGUGCGAACACUUCUCGUUGAGUAGCGAUUAGUUAGCUCGUUGCUUCGUUUUCCUUUUUGGCUGGAAGUUGGGAGACGGACUUGUUUCAGUCUUGUUCGUUUGGCAUUUGGUGUAGAGUAGCAGGUUUCUCACAUGGUUUGGGUACGCGCCGGUGCGUUGGCGUACGCAUAGCGUUCGGUCUGACUGACUUGCCGUGUUUCGUGUUGUUAUAGAUGCGAAUCCGUAAAGCGCGUUUCGUUUAGCCUUGUAGGCCGCGGCAGCGUUCGCUUCUGCAAUGAUAUACGCUCGAAGAGACGCAUUGGGAAAUAAUCCUCACGGUUGUAUGUGGACAAGCAUUUACCUGCGCACGCGCCAUUAAGCUUUAAAACAGUCUAACGCGCUUCGGUCCGCUUGCGUAUGCGACGAGUGUUACACAAGUAGGUUGCUUGACACCUCUAUUCCACCUCAAGCCACGUAAAAUCCUCCAGUCAAAUACGCAUGUGAAGACAAAAAAAAAGGAAAAAAAAUCUGAUGACCUACACUCGAGAAUCAACCACUUAGAAUAAUCCACAGCUGGCGCAUAUUUCAUAGUAACAUACCGACAGAAGGAAAGGUUAAAAUAGAGCAUUACAAACAACGUUUCGAAUCGGAUGUAUUCCGAAAUUUCUUGUCUAAAUAUGCCGUGGUCAUAUCUUGCGAAAAUGCAUGAAAAGCAGUGUUAAAGAUGUAUUUUUGUUUUGUUUCUGUGCAUGAAUGUUAUAUGUAUGUGUGUGAACUGAAAAUCUAUGUUCACGGAGAAAAAGAAAAGUCAUGCGCGCAAAACAAGAAUUUUUUAUACGCACACCAAUACCUUGAGAUUGCGCGCAAAGAACAUGCUACUAGCACAUUUAUGGUUGCUAGGACGAUGGGGAGGGAACGUACCGGCCCCAAAAAGAGUUUCGCUCGCUCUUCAAAAACGUGCAGCUAUCAUCACAAAAAAUUCUUUGCGGAUAAUUUUUAGGCAAUUAUAAUAUACUGCCAUGUUAUGGCAAUGCCCUGAAACAUACCUUGUAGGCUCCUUAAAUUAAUGAGUGAUUAUCAGCGUUGAAUUCAAAUUGCAGAAACAGAUCUUUUCAACAUAAGCGCUGUUCCGAAAAAAAAAAGAAAAAAGAAACCUGGUACCAGAGAUGUUUUGGUGAAUCGUACGUCCCUCCCUAGCGUUCCGCCAAAGCUUAGGAAUAUUUGACACUUGCUAACGGAACAAUCAAGCCGUUAACAUUUUCGUAUUCAGGCAAAUUACUUUUGUUGCAGCUCUUACAAAGCGCCGAAUAGUCUAAUUUAUUAAAUCUACCAGAAAAAAUCUGCCGGGAAACCGGGAAACGCUAGCCGGGUCUCGGCUGCGCGUUUUCUUCAAAUAUUGUGAAAAACGUUCCAGAAUAGCGUGUAAGAAUUCUUCCUCUAAACACGUGAUUGCUGGCAAAUGAUUUUCGCGAAUGCGCAUUUCAGUAACAAGGAUUGCGCAACGCGAUUGCUACGUCAAUGCGUUAUAACAUUUUAUUCUAUUCUAUUCUAUUCUACUCUAUUCUAUCCUAUUAUAUUCUAUUCUAUUCGCUUAAUAUUCGUACAUGUAAACUGUUUGCUGGGAAUUUGAGAAUCGUAUUGUCCCCUUUCAACCGAUAGCCAUCGGCUAUUGGAACAUCUUCAAAGUCUGAUCGCUGCGAAACCGGGUGUACGGUUUGUGGUGAACUUUUACGUAAACCACAAUAUUUUUUUUUUCCACAGUACUUCACUACUGUGUGGAAGAGCUACACAUUAAUUUGAAUGUCAUACCUUCAGCUUAGGAAGUCAUUUUAAAAGUUCACAAAUAAUCUGUUGAGUAAAACGUAAACUUUCAUUCACACCUUACCGGGUUGGUCCCAAAAUUAAGCUGUUUUCUUAAAAUUUUCGGGAGCAAGUUGGUAUGGCGGGAACAAGUGAUAUAUGCAUUGAUAUGGCAGCAAGCUGUAGAUUCCUAAGCCAAAUUUUUGUUUGGAGAAUGAGUGUCAUUUUGUUGAUUACUUAAGAAAUCUGCUAAGGAAUAUGCUGCAUCACCGCUUUGCAACAAAUGGCAUUCCCCACAUUUGAUAGUUCUGUUUCAGGCAACGUUUUGUUUCCUCACAAGGGAAGCUAGACAUGAGAAUUGAAAAGGCACAUUUGAAAGCUUUUCUUAAGCAGUGCUACGACAGGUUAUAUUCAAAACUUUCGUAAUGAGCUACAGAUUUGAAGAAACAUUGAUAAAGUUACUAGUAAAUAGCUGCCAAUAUUACAAAGGGUGAGUGCUUUAAUGGUUAUUUCUCCUUUCAAAACUCACAUGGUCUCAGAACAGGAAAAAAAGAACUACAUCGUUUAUUGUAGAUAUAAGCAGCAGUCAGCUACUGUAAGUUGCUUCUCUAAAGGAGAGUGGUCGACGCUACUUGAAAUGACAGGAGAUUCGUUCGCAUUCUACACAGUCGCCUGAAAUAUCACCCACGCAUAAAAGUGCUCACGAAAUUGGAAUGGGGAGUACAGAACUUAUGCACAUAUUAUUAAAACGAGAUCAGGCAUGCAAAAGCAGAUAUUUUUUUUUAGUGAUGACGGCAAUGAACAAAAAAAAAUUGCUGCUUUGCCUUCGCUGUCAAGUGUCACUAGAUACUAGCGAACAGCAGCAUAUCGGUAGUAUCACAAGUAUAAAAAAUGUUAAUAGGAUGAACUCAUUGGAUAGCUGAUUUAGUCCCUUUAGUCAAGAGUCAUGAUAGACCGUCAAUAAAUGUGCCGUAGUUACUUAAUUCUAUUUGAAGGUGCUGCACACGCCAUUAAAGGAUAGUCGAGGCUGUGUUAUGAGGCUCUAGUCGUUUUCUAAUAAGUUUUUAUGAUGACAAAGAAAAUAAAUGCCUCGGCACUGUGCAGCCAGUCAUGUUGCAUUUUCUUUUUCUCAUAAAAAUUGAAUUACAGGCUCGUUGUCUGUGCACAAGAUGUGUCAUAAGCAUUACGAGAAAAAGUUUUUUUUUUCUUUCGCCAUUGUUGAAGGAACACGACACGUUGAACACGGUAGUGCCUUCAGCAAAUUUGGUCAUUUGCGCAGCCAUACGUAGCAUAUUGAAGUGAAUUGAAGAUACAGUGAUCACGUAGGCGUAAAAUUCAUCUAAAGCUUGCGGCCAGUGGUUAUUUUUAAUUUGUAUUGCUACCAUUAAAAAAAACUAGCAAAACGAGUCGGUGCACACCGCAAUUGAGCGUACCUCGGCUUAAAGGGUUAAUGUUCAUGCUAAUACAUCAGAAGAGCUAUCUCACAUAGGUGGUGACUAAAACAUGGCGGCCAUUAGGUGUUUCCGGCUCAUGCAAUCGCUUCCGGCGCAUGCUGCUCGCAAAACCAUAGCCUUCGAGAUCUAUUUCUGUUACGCCAAAGAAACGGUCACCGGUUUCUGGGUUUGGACACCAUCUACUUUCGAAUAAGACUUACGUGCAAUUUCUAGCUCACUGGGAAGAAAUGUGUGGCGUUCACGUAGACCUCACAGAAACACUAUUUCUUUAAAACAUGUGACGCCACAUCUGACAAAAAAGAAAAGGGAGUGGGACGGUGAAAAGGAUGAAACGAAAGCUGUAGAGAAAGGAAGAGGGUACUGUUAUUAAAAACAUAGUUGUUGAACAUCGAUACUGCUAAUAGGCAUGGUUGCAAUAGCAGUGUGAAUCCCCCCCCUCCGCAGAAGAAAAAGUGUGCUUAUAUAGCUUGCAGAGCAAUUCCGCUUCUUUUUGACAAUAAGAAUUGGAAUCCCUGGAUAACCUUAAGCAAAGAUUGCUUGCAAUUCUCGCAGACAAAAGGAAAGAAACACCGUGUUCUACAUUCCAGGACAGACACGUGGAUAUUUUUCCGUAGAACCAAACAUUUUGAAAAGCGGUUGGCCAGCUGUGGGCAUUCCAUUUUCAGCCCCGUUUGCAAGCGCGUAGCUUCUUGUAGUAUCGCAUGUCCUUCAACAACAAAUGGAUUGCGAUUUUCCACUCUUCAAAGCAAAUGAGAGUUAUAUAUAUAUACAUACAUACAAGUAUAUAAAAUAAUGUGUAUACCCAAUCUAUACUUGGUCUUGUGUGCACGCGUGUGUGUGUAGAUGUAUCGUACGCAUGGAAUGAGUGCCACUCUACAGGCUGCCAGUUGAUGUCCCGCGUUCAUGUAACACGCCACAAAGAACACUCGCAUACACCCACCUGCGACUCAGACCCGGCACACUUUGAACACAGCAAAGACACACUUGUCAAACUCUUUCUCGGGCUUCCAGAACACUCCGGCAGAAACACACGAACACCUACCAGAACCUCCUCACUCCACUUACCGUGCAAGCCUACCGCGCAAGCCCCCGAGCUUAACGCCUUGACUUUCUACUCGCAGUUUAAGUUGUUCAUCAAAAAGAAAACGAGCCCAGCGUCAGUAGCGUCAAGCACAAAACAGUAACAGAUGAAUGGAGCUUUAUUUUUUCUUGGUAUCUCUCUUAUUACAAAAAAAAAUAUACGCGAACAAAUGCUAGAAUUUUCUGUGCUCUAGAGCAUUACCAACGUUUUCCAAAGCUAUAAAGCAAUUUCCAUGAAUUGCUUCAGUUUGCCUUUCAUUUUAACCUUUUGUUUUAUGGUGAAGAGCUACGAGUAAACUUAAACACUUGUCAACUCAUGAAUCAGAUGAAAAUUACGCUCAGAAGCACAAAUCCAUCUUCAUUUCGUUUUCAUUGUUUCUUGAUGAAUUGUUUCUCGCCAUGCGAAAGAUCUAAGGAACCAGCGCCUCCGAUCGAUGUUAAAUAGUGAUUUUUGUUGUCAGGUGAUGCUGCUGUCCACGAUUUAUUGACGCUUCAGUGAUAACGACAGAUAAGACAACAUUAAGAAACUGACUGCUUUCUAUUGCGAAAUUACCCGGUGCAUGAAUUCAACCGCCAGGGCCAAGGCAAAUGCGGGAAUACUUCAGCUAUGCUUUCCCAAUGCUUUAAUCCCCUUCUCCCACGUAGUAGACCACGGACACCAGAUAUACUGUCGAAGCAAAGUUUAAAAGUGUAUGUGGACCAUGAAAUCUUAUUUUUGGACAUGAUGGUCGAAGCUUUGGUUCUCAUUUUCGCGAACGUGUCACCUUUCUUUCUUUUUUACUUAUAUAAAGCAAAUAUUUUCUAGGAGGGAGAAACAUCGCUGUCCAUCAAAUGACUAAGUAGUGUUAACAAAACACUAAAACAAAAAAUCGGCAAACGUUGUACGCUUGUCUGUCUUUUACGAGGAACAAAUAGUUCAAGAGAAAUCUUGAAAUGUUUAACUCUUGUCGAAGUCACGCUUUAGCAAUUAUCCAACAUUAAGGGUUAGGAAUACGUAGCUGAGUGAAUGCUGUUCGGAAGAGAUGAUUCAGUUAUCGGAAACUGCCAAAUGACUAUUCAUAUUCUGGCUUCAACAAAAAACAGGGCUAUAAUACCAGCCCUUGUUAAAUAAGCUCUACCCGAAACUGAUGAGAAAGAAUAUCAAUUUCGGGCCCCAGGUCAUAUGUUACGUGCUAGGCUGAACAAAUGCAGAAAUGUACGUAAAGAAGCGGCUAAAUAAAAGCACAACAGAUGGAGUCAUCUUGUAAACGCAUGUAUAAUCAAACAAAAAAACACCGCGGCAAAAUUUGCGACUGUCAUUCGAGUAGCUAAGCAUUUUUUGGCAGCCGUGAUCCUGAGAUAGACAGUGAUGCGCCCUCGCUUAUAUUUUGUACAGCGCAUAAACCUACGCUCAGGCUUUCUUGAUCAUUACGUUCGGUUAAAGGGAAAGCUAUUUCAUUACGUGUAUAGUGAAGUCAGACGUUACUGUUGUGUCCGGGCAGGUUAGGUCAGUGUUUCCUCACUGAUACGCCCAGCUAGAGUGUAUGUGCCGUUUUGACAUUCCAGAUUUUAACCCUGUCGAGAAUGUGUCCGUUUCGUGUGUCCGUCGAUGUUUUCGUGCCACGUGGCCAUACCACCUCGUUCGCUUUUCACACGGGGUCCAGGGAGGCCAUUGCUGCCCUCGUUGUUUGCUAGUAAUGAGAACGAAAAAGUCUUGAAUACAAACCGUAACGUUUCAUUUUUAAUGUCGAAACGCGUCACCAGAGUCCUCUGUCAAGUGCUGCCUAUACGUGAGGUGACAGUGAAAUACAAAGCGAAAUUUCCGAAGAAAACCAAAUGAACGGCAAUGUGUCAUGCACCCCAAAGCUUCGACAGCUGGUAAUUAGGCGCCUAACAGUUACCUUCUUACGUGUUUCUUUUUUUGGUUUCUCGGCCUUUACUAUCCUGUCAGCUCAUUUCGUGCAAUCACACUCUGCCACAGUGUGAAAAUUCAAACCUCUCUAGGCCAAGCCGGGGUAUAUGUCAUGUACAGCUCCCAACACGUUCCGCCAUAACUGAAUACGCAGAUACACGCGCUCUUCAGCCAGUUUGUGCGUUGCUACGCCGCAUAAUUAUUUUUCGUUCUUCGGUCGUAAUCGUGAUACGCGAGCUACGUCCUCGAAACGCUAUAUUCCGCUGGCUACCGAGAUUACCCACAUUACCCAGUCGUAACGGUGACUGUCACGUCUUGCCCGAACGGCGGCCCAUUAAUGUAGAGCUCGAUGUUGUGCCCUUAGCGAACUGUUCUUUUUUUUUCGCCUCUGAGUCAGCCAGAGUCGUGGCGAUGAGAUCGUACCCUUCAAAGCCGACUCUAGAGUCACGGGGAUGCCCCGUAUCUGCUGUAUUCGGGCCUCCGAAUGCGUGUACAUAGCGUUUAUUCUGUGUGUCCUUCCGAGUGUUUCAGCUUGGACGAUAUGAACAAAGCAAAGCACAAGACGUUUCCUGUGAGAGGCAUCAACGAGAAUAACAAGGUAAAAAAAAAGAAAGAAAGGCCAACAUACCUCACCCUCCCUUCACAACAGUUAUACUGGGGUGAACAGAUUUGCGCUUAAUGCCCGAGAAUAUAUAGUGGGCUUCAGCCUUGCGCUGAAUGUUCAUUGUGGAUGUGUUUGCUUUCCUGAAUGCUAGAAGCUAAAGUACGCCCCCAUGGUUGAAACAAAAUACUGAGAAAAAAAAAUGCAUGAAGGGUGCUAAGUCGUGAAGCUUAAGCGGGGAGAAUUUUCUUGCGAACCUAUAGCGUGAAAAGUUACGGGUGCUCGCAUAAUCACUUGAGUUGUUUCAUUUUUAAUGGCUUUAUGCAUGCGCACUGAGUGUCUCCGUGAGUUUGCUUUGGUGGCUUGUUCCAGUGAAAUCGCUGGCGCAGCAUUUCUUUCGCAUUCUCAUCGCCAGAACAGGUGCAUAAUUAUGUAACACGGUUCCUCGUGAAUACUUGCAGCAUUGCCGUGAAAUAAAAAUAGAUUCUUGCACUAAAUGUUCUUUCUCAUACUCCGUUAGGCGUCUUCUGAAAAACUGAACACCGUGUAAUUGUAACUAUAAGAAACUAGGAUCGGCACUCCUGAAGUCCUUUUGUUGUUUCCAGUUUUGCUGACGCUGUUGAAAUGCGAAAACAUGAGUAAUUAGUUGUUCGCUGCAGAAAAGAGUGUUUUCAACCCAUUGUACGGCAAAAUGUGCGCACUUGAAUUGAUAAACAUCAGUUGCUUUCCGACCUCAGAAAAUCAGAAACAUUGCAAGAACUGGGGGAAAGCGUGGAGAAAAAUGUCACUCACAAUGAGAUUGGACGCGUCGUGCUCGCUACGAAUGUAUCACGUUACAAACCCGUGGUGACGACGCUGUUUGUGCAUGUUGUCUAAUUCCCGAAGUGUUGCCCCCAAACUUUGAAUGUUAUUCAUUUUUUUGGGUUGUUCAAAAGCGGUGACAACACGUUUUUUCACGAAUGUAGAGUCUGUGAACUUCGUUGUUACGCGACUGCGUUGUGUCGGUGCGAUGACGUUUUGCCUCGGCGAUUGCUCCUUUGAGUUGAAUGCCUUGAACCCCGAGUUAUGUGUUAUUGCGGAAUGGGGGAA